CGCAAGUCGAACGUACAACUACACUGCGCUCAUUCAUGAGCUUUUGUGUGUUAUGAACUAUACAGUGGUUUCGCUAUUUGUAUUUUUCUUUCAAUUUUCUUCGUGGUGACACAGUGUAACGACAAAAUAUGUGUGCACAUUACUGAUUACAAACAGAUGUUGACAACAGUUGCUCGUUGUGAGAAUCAAGCAUUGCUUGGAGGUUAUAACAAAGAAAAGAUGAGGGAAGUUUCGUGGCAAUAACUAUACAAGUCUGAUAAAGGUAUAAUGAUGACUAGGGCUGGUGAAACGUGCCUCCUCUUCCUCCUCGACAGGUGGCCGAGCGCAAUGCGACUCUUACUACUUGUCGCCGCUCUCACCACAGUAAGCGUGAAAACGGAGCAACCACAGACUUCGAAAAUCGUGCAGAAAUUAGAAGCACCGACAAUCAUAGACCCACACAGUAACAAGUUGGUUUUACGCUGCGAGUAUGAUUUGGGAGGUAAGGAACUUUACUCGGUCGACUGGUACAAGUACGACAAGAUGCUGUUCAGAUACAAGCCAACUCUAAGUCCUCCCGGAUCAGCCUUUAGUGAGGCGUCCGAUGACGUCCAAGUAAAUUUGGCCGAGAGCAGCGGCAAACAAUUGACUCUUGAGGGCCACGCAGAUUUUCGAAAGAAUAUAAAAGCAUAUCAAGGAACAUAUGCGUGCGAAGUGUCGGUAGAACAUACAUUUCAAUCUGACAUCGCAGUAGCGAACGUGAGCGCAGCAAUUUUACCAAACAGUCCCCCUAUACUCCAAGGUCUCGCACCCUACUACCAGGUGGACGAUCGUCUCGAUGUAAAUUGCAGGUCCGCUCCUAGUUAUCCACCCGCCGAGAUUGUCUUCUACAUCAAUAAGAACAAGAUGCCGCCCGCGUACGUGCGCUAUGACAAGACGGCGUACCCGCUGGACGAGUACGAUAUAGUGCCAUCAAAAGCAUUCCUGUCGUUACUCUUGACCCGCAAACACUUUCCCGACGGCAAUCUCAAUGUCGCUUGCAAAGCAGUCAUACCUCGAAUUGCCACGGCACCGGAGUACAAAACUGAAAAACGCGCAUCAUUGGCCGCAAGUAAUCAGAGACUUGCACAGGAAUUGCCAUCGACAUCUGCGAAUUCUUCAAGUUCAGCAUUUGGGAGCAGUCUGAUGCUUUUGAUUAUUGUAAAUACCCUUUUCAUUUUGUAAAAACGUGCGUGCUGGACACGUAAACAUUUAUCACACCGAGCGUUGAGGAUUAUUGUUAAAUACUGCCUUUUUCGACAUUUUUACACGUGUAAUUCGAUAUAUGUUAAAUUGAACUUGCAUUAAGUAUGUUUUACUUUUACUUUAAUAUGUAUCGAUAACUUUUUUAGCGUAUACAAACUCGAGAAAGUAUUUUUUGACUGCCAUAAAAACAAAAACAUAUAUUUUUCAUUAAUCGUGACUAGUGCAUAAAAUUAAUUCGUAAUUGUCUGUUUUAGAUUGAGUUAGAUAAACAACUGUUUUGAUGUGAAUCGAUAAAAUAUGUGAGUCAAAUAUCAAACACAGUGUCUAAAUAUUCCAUUCGCCCUGUAGAUGCACUAUGUAUUUCUAUCUAUAGAUCACACUAAAACGAAACAGAAUAAUAGUAUUAUUUUCCGUCAAAAUGAAGCUAUAUGUAAUGAAAUAAAAGUUUAUCUUCGUACAAACAUACAUACAUAAAUACAUACAUACAUACAUGCACGCAUACUUACAUGCAUACAUAUAUCUAUGUAUACAUAUGUAACUAAAACAUUUCAUGACGUCGCUAUCAAAUUUUGACGUAUUGUUUUUCAAGACUUAAUGUUCGUGCACUUGAAGCGGGGAAGGUUAACCAUUUUUUUAUCGCUUAUUAAUAAACAUCUUCACUUCUCCAUUUAUGUACAUAGUGUGUAUACUGUAUUUCGACUUUAGAAAUAUAAAAGAGAGAAAACAAAAAUAGGAUAUAUAUAAAUAUAUAUUGACCUUUGAUCGUCGAUGCACCAAUAAUUAUUAUUUGUAUUAAAUAUCAGUCGUAUAUACAUCCGAUAUAUUGUCUGUACAUACAAUAAAAAUAAUG